AUGCAAUUGAACUGCGUGUUUGGUGGAGCGAUCUCAAGCUCCACACAGCGGUGGAGUGACAAUACGCUGGUUUGCCUCUUGCCGCCCAGCACUAACCCGGGAAGUGUACCUGUAUGGUUUGAUGGCAUGGCAAAGGAGGAGGAUGGCACAGCGCCGUGCAUUUUCACUUACAAAGAUGAAACGGAUCGAGCCCUUAUGGAACUUGCUCUCCAGGUUGUCGGAUUGAAGAUGACAGGCAAGAUUGAAGAUGCGAGGAAUGUUGCCAUGCGCAUCGUUGGUAAUCCGGAUUCCGACACUUCGGGAAGCACAGCUCAGGUGGACAAUGCCAUGCAACUGGCAAACACGGUCGAGUCUACCCCUGAUUUCAGGCGUCUUUUAGUGAGUCGAACGCGCAACAACGGCGACUUUGAAAGGGUUCUCCUUGAAUUUCUCUCUGUUAUCGACGUCCCUAUCGAUGGUCCCACUGAGUCGUUGUCUCCUUCGAUCUCCUAUCGAAGCCCUAGCGGUCAAACCCUUUUGCAUCUUGCGACUAUGGCCAAGUUCCCGGCUCUCGCUAAAUUCUUGGUUUCGCAUAAUAUUGACAUAGAUGCCCGGGAUAAGAAUGGCUGCACGGCACUUUUCGUUGCUGCUCUUGUCCAAUCUACGGAUUGCGCGAGGGUUCUUGUCGAAGCCGGCGCGGCCCUCGAUAUCGUCAAUGCGCUAGGGAAGACGCCCGCCGAAGUUGCUCCGAAUGGAUUCUUCGACUUCGCUUUGAUUGACAGCGGCUCUGAAAACGGCCGUAGCUAUGGGCACGAGGACGAAGAGGAAGCUGCUUGGGGUGACGCGGAGGAGGAGGAGGAAGACAAUAUUAGGACGAAGAGCAUGACCUGGUAUCGCGAUGGGCGCAAGUCAACUUUGCGGAAGCGGCGAUCAUGUCAUACCCUUCGAAACGCCGAUUCCAAAUUGCAACCAGUAUCUCCAGUUCAGCCAGACGAGAAGAUUUUUGAAGCAGGCCUACCGGAUGAGAAACAAGUCGCAUCUUUCAUGGAGACAUUUUCGCGCACGCUAGCUCAGUGGCAAACCCCACAAGGCAUGAUUCCCAAUUUCCCCCUCCUUCAUCUACCCGCCAUCCCUGCUUGGAAUGCCCUUUCUCAGAUGCCUGCCGUCUUCCCUGUGUUUGUUCCCAUGCCUGCCUUGUCCGCUUUAUGGGGAGAAAGGCGCGCUGAGGGAAAGCGGACGGAUGAAGACGAGAAGAGUGUCAAUACCUCCCCGAUGAUACAGGAAUGGCGAGCCUUCUGGGAGAAGUGGUUGACGCAAUCCGCCAUGCCUCCACAACAGGGCGAGAACGUGACAGGUGCCCCUGCUGAGCAGAGCGAAGAUGUCACCGACGCUCCUCCAGCCUAUUCUCCAAGAGAUUCUGACCCUGUUGUGUUAUCGUCGAAACACGUAGAUGACACACCGUCGGCCAGUGCUACAACACAAGAUUCUGAGCCUGAUCAAUCAGUUAUUCGCAUCAGCUAUGAUUCGCUUCCAAUCCGUGAACAAGACGUUCAGACUCACGCUCAACGCUCAGCGCAUAAAUCUUCGCGCAAGCAGCAUGAUCGUAUGCUUAUUUUAUUUUGGAUCCCGAUUCUCUUCAUUGGUGUCAUGUGGGCCCUUUUCCAUUUCAUUCGUGUUGCGUUCCAUGCAACUCGGGCUCUGUUGACUCUCAAAGCUGGUAUCAAGUCCGAACAUGCCAUGCUUCUGUUGGAUCUCCUCUCCCAGAUGGUGCAAGGAAAGGUCUACUCCCAUGAACAGAUGGCUGAAAGGUUGCGCGAACUGGACUGCACUGAAGAACAGGUCCAGGACUGGAAGAAUGACAAUCGAGGAGACCAUACAGUGCACAUUGUAAUUGUCUUCGAAGACCUUGCGCGAUUCCUUUGGUUCUCGCUGCGAGACUUGGAGCGUUACAAGAAGAACCCUCAGGAGUCUGCCGAACUCGCUGCUAAUUGGGACCAGAUGUUCGCAGCAGUCAUUGAGCAAGGUCCAGAGAGACUCGAGGCUUCUGGAAGCAAUUAG